UAAACAACAAUCAGAGAUUGACCACUUGGCUUUAAACACGCAUGUUAUAAUAUUAUUAUACAAAAAAAAUGCUGCCCUAUGAUCGUAAUCAUUAAAUAAUACAGUCUAAUACUAAAUAUUGUCACAGUUGGUCCUCGUCCAUUCAUUACACCUCUUUCUAUAAUAAAUCUUGUCUCCUUCUUUCUCUUUUUCUCAACUGAGAGGAAAGCCAAAAAGCUUCAGAGCUCAUAAAAAAAAAAGAGCAAGAAAAAAAAAAGAAAGAAAUGAGAACUCAUUUGGCAAGUCCAAAGCUGCUUCUUAUUCCUAUAAUCUGUUCCAUUUCCUUCUUCUCUUUUCUUUCCUUUGGAUUUGCAGCCACUGCUAAGCUUCACCCAUCAGAAGUUAAGGUAUUGAAAGAUAUAGCGAAGAAACUAGGGAAGAAAGAUUGGGAUUUCGGGAAGGAUCCAUGCAGUGGAGAAGGGAAUUGGAGAGUUUUGGAUGAAAGGAAAGGAUUUGAGAGCAGCGUGUACUGUAAUUGCAGCUUCAAUAACAAUACGACUUGCCGUGUAGUAAGCAUUGCCUUAAAGGCUCAAAACCUAUCUGGAACUAUCCCACCAGAGUUUUCCAAGCUUCGCCACCUUCAACUACUGGACCUCAGUCGCAAUUGCUUCACUGGGUCUAUACCUUCUCAAUGGGCUACCCUGCGCUUAGUCAAUCUCUCUUUUAUGGGGAAUCGAUUGUCUGGUUCAUUUCCAAAAGUUCUUACCAACAUCACCACUCUCACAAACCUAAGCGUUGAGGGAAAUAGGUUUUCAGGAUCCAUUCCACGAGAAAUUGGAAAAUUAAUCAAUCUACAGAAAUUUAUUCUCUCAUCAAAUGCUUUCACAGGAAAAUUGCCCACAGAACUAAGCAAGUUGACCAACUUGACUGAUAUGAGGAUAAGUGAUAAUAAUUUCUCAGGAACUAUACCCACUUUCAUCAAUAAAUGGACGCAUAUACAGAAACUGCAUAUACAGGGUAGCGGACUUGAGGGACCUAUACCUUCUAGCAUUUCUGCUUUGAAAAACCUAAGUGAUCUACGAAUCAGUGACCUGAAAGGAAAAGGUUCAACUUUCCCACCUUUGAGUAAUAUGGAAUCUAUUAAGGCAUUGAUACUGAGGAAUUGCUUGCUGUCUGAUGAGAUCCCAGAAUAUAUUGGUCACAUGAAAAAACUGAAAAAUCUAGAUCUGAGCUUCAAUAACUUAACUGGGGAAAUUCCUACAUCAUUUUCUUACUUGGGGAAAGCAGACUUUAUGUACUUGACAGGAAACAAGCUCACUGGAUCUGUACCAGAAUGGGUGCUUGAAAGGAACAAGAAUGUGGAUAUUUCUGAUAAUAAUUUCUCAUGGGAAAGCUCAAGCCCAAUUGAAUGUCCUCGAGGGAGCGUGAACUUAGUAGAGAGUUACUCAUCAUCAACGGAGAAAUUAAGUAAAGUCCAUUCAUGCCUGAAACAGAACUUUCCAUGUUCUUCAAAUAAAAAGUAUUACUCCUUGUAUAUUAAUUGCGGCGGUGAAGAGAUGAUUGCUGGAGGUAACACCACAUACCAAGCUGAUUUAGAGCCAAGAGGUGCUUCUAUGUUUUACACAAGUCAGUCUUGGGCAUUUAGCAGCACUGGAAACUUUAUGGACAAUAACAUUGAUUCUGAUCCCUAUAUUCAGAUCAAUACAUCUGCUAUAUCCAAUGUAUCUUCUCCUGAUGCACAACUGUACACCACAGCACGUGUUUCUCCUAUCUCUCUUACUUACUAUGGACUUUGCCUUAUAAAUGGGAAUUACACAGUAAACCUCCACUUUGCAGAGAUUGUUUUCAUAAAUGAUAGUUCAUUUAAUAGUCUUGGGAGGCGUAUUUUUGAUGUUUAUAUCCAGGAAAAGUUGGUUUUGAAAGAUUUUAACAUUGUAGAAGAAGCUGGUGGCACUGGUAGGCCAAUUGUAAAGAAAUUUACUGUGACUGUAACAAGCCACACAUUAAAGAUUCACUUUUAUUGGGCUGGAAAAGGGACAACAGGCAUUCCAGUUAGAGGAACUUAUGGCCCUCUUAUUUCAGCCAUAUCAGUAGAUCCAAACUUCAAACCACCUUCAGAUAAUGAUGAAAAGGAGAAGAUCAUAGUGUCUAGCACUGUGGCGGGAGCCGUAUUUCUUGUCCUUUUGGUCCUGUGUAUCAUGUGGAGGAAAGGCUGUCUGGGAGGCAAAGUCUAUGCAGAUAAAGAGUUGAGGGGUCUAGAUCUGCAGACAGGAAUUUUCACGUUAAAACAAAUAAAAGCUGCCACGAAGAACUUUGAUGCAGCAAACAAAGUUGGAGAGGGUGGUUUUGGUUCUGUUUACAAGGGUCAACUAUCUGAUGGAACUAUAAUUGCCGUGAAGCAGCUCUCCUCAAAGUCUAAGCAAGGGAACCGUGAAUUUGUAAAUGAGAUAGGCAUGAUAUCUGCACUUCAACAUCCAAAUCUUGUAAAGCUAUAUGGAUGUUGUGUUGAAGGAAACCAGUUGUUGCUUAUAUAUGAAUACAUGGAAAAUAAUUGUCUAUCCCGUGCUCUUUUUGGGAAGAAUCCAACAAGCAGGUUGAAACUUGACUGGCCUACCAGGCAGAAAAUUUGUCUGGGUGUGGCUAGAGGUUUGGCAUACCUCCAUGAGGAGUCAAUAAUAAAGAUUGUGCACAGGGAUAUCAAGACAAGCAAUGUGUUGAUUGAUAAAGAUUUAAAUGCCAAAAUUUCAGAUUUUGGUCUGGCAAAGCUAAAUGAAGAUGACAAUACCCACAUUAGCACCCGAGUUGCGGGAACUAUGUAAGUUCUUAAGAACAUUAUGUACUUUUUUCUUUUUU